AAAAGAAGUAGACGAAGACGGCUCGUAUUAAAAAAAGGCAGCUCGUUCUGAACUUAGAAGACUCUGAACCGCCAGAAAAUACAAAGAAAACAGACUGUAGACGCAGCAAAUCUGCAGAAAACAACAAGAGCGGAUAAGCUAAAAUGGACGGUAACGACAGCUGCAAUCCCCCCCAUGUUGGGAACUCGUUUCUGCAGGCCGUUAUGAUCAUAGAUCUGAUCGUCGGUCUUCCCGGGAGCAUCGUCGCCUUGUGGAUCUUCUGCUUCCGCGUGAAAGUCUGGAAACCCCACAUCAUCUUCCUGUUCAACCUGGUCCUGGCCGACUUCCUGCUCCUCAUCAGCGUCCCCUUCCGCAUCCACACCCACUGGCAGAAGGAGAACUGGGUGUUCGGCUCGGCCGUCUGCUCCAUCAACCUCUUCAUGCUGUCCGUCAACCGCUCCGCCAGCAUCGCCUUCAUGACGGUCGUGGCUCUGGACCGCUACUUCAAGGUGGUGCAUCCGCAUCGCUGCGUCAGCCGGCUGAAGGAGAGCCAGGCCUGGGGGGUGGUGGGUCUGAUCUGGGUGGCGGUGACGUCCCUCCGGGUGCCGCUGCUGACCACCGACCUCAUCCACCAGGAGGGGAACGACUCGCUGUGCCGCAGCUUCUACCCCUACAAAGACGUGCCUCCUGCCGCGACGAUGAACAGUGCCAUGUACAUGCUUGAGUUCUUCCUAUCGUGGCCGGUGUUGCUCUUCUGCUCGGCCAGGAUCACCUGGCACCUGCGUAAACGUGGGAUGAGCAAGCAGAAGAAUGUGCAGCGGGGCAUCAGGGCGGUCGUGACGAUCAGCGCCGUGUUCACCUUCUGCUUCAUGCCGAGCGUCUUCGCCGGCGUGGUGGCGCUGUACUUCAAGGGCCGCGACUGCUAUCUCUACAUGACUUGGUCCGGGAUCUUCGUCACGUGCUUCGGGUUGAACUACCUGAACAGCGCUCUGGACUCCGUCAUCUACUUCUACUCCAGCUCCACGUUCCAGCAGACGCUGAAGAACUCGGUUAGCAUCAGGAAGAAGGUCCGAGCAAACAAUAGACAGAAGCUGCAGCAAGAUACUAAUAUCCUGGACCAGUGAUCAUCAACUGGCAGCUUGCGGGUCGAAUCCGGCCCGCCGAACCGUCCACUAUUAAAGCAACUGAAAACAGCAACAACUGAGACUCUAAACUAUCAGUAAUCCCCACCAUUUAUGACUCUAUACUAGGGGUCUUCAACCUUUUUUAGCCCAGGGACCCUUGGAUGAGAGAAAAAAACAGAGCAGGGACCCCCGCUUGUAAUUCUUAUUUUUCCCCUUUUUUUUUUAAUAUGUCAAGUUUUAAGCCUGGCUUAUAAUAACUUUUGAAUGUGUUUUAUUCUGCUUAUAUCACCUUAUUAACCAAUUCCUGACUGGGUUAUUAGCUACAUGUGUUUACGGUUGAUGAAACUUUGGCCUCGUCAGACGUGGAAGGAGUAACGUUAGGCCGAGCUGUAACGUUACAAUCUCCAGCUUUAGGCUUCGUUAUUGUCACAAAUUUAUCCAUCAGGUCAAACUAGCGUUAAAUAUGAAAUAGCCAAGUCAAUUUCGCAACUAAUAUUCUUUUAUUAAACAGCUAGCUAGCUCGUUUUUCCGCUCUAAAGUUGACAUUAGUCACAUGACUCACGGGAAUCAUUUAUGUAGAGUUGUAGACUAAAUAGUUAUCGUCAAAAGUAGAUUAUUAU